UAAAAAAUUUGCCCCGUGAAUUGGACUGCUGAUAUUGCACAUCCCCAUUCCCCACUUAUAUUAUAAUUAUAUCAUAUAUGCUACAUAUGCAGUUUAUAAUCUAUAUAACGGAUACCUAUUUUGUGUCCAAUUUUUUUUAGAAAAAUGAAACAUAUAUGCAAUUGUUAUUAAAUAACAAAGAUUGUUUUUUAUUUGAAUAGAAGUUAAUAAGUAUAAGAUGUGUGUUAUAUGGUGGUAGUCAGUGUUGUGUAUGUAAACUGUAUUAUAAUUUAUACGAGGGACAUCAACACCUUACAACCGGUGCCGCGGUGUUUUUGCCUUAUUUUGACACAGCUUAUCAGAUAUACUCAACUAUUAAAUUUUUGAAAAUUUUUAUAUUCGAUGAUAAUUUUUUUUUACUUCUCAAUCAACAUUUAACUGAGGGCUGAGAGCUAAAUCAAGCUGCUUUGUAACCAUAAACAAAUUUUUGUGGUUAAUGUUCGAAAUACUGGGUCGACUAUUGUGGAAUUGAAAUAAAUUUGAAUUAAUCCAAAAUAAAAAAAAGUUUGUUUAUGUAUGUAAACAAGUAAGAUCUCUAGCGGAUACAAACUUGGCAUUACUGGCUCGUCAGUUUUUUUGUCCGUUGCAUAUUUUUUUUUAUAAUAUUAUUGUUUUUAUUUAAUUUUAGUUUAUUUCGAUAUCUUAUAGGGUGACGCCAUGUUACGAAGCUACUCGUCGAUGGCGAGAUUAACAAUGAUUUUGAUUUUAUAUUUUUUAUUUGACAUCGAAAUAUUUUCAAACAAAUUGAAAUUAGCUGUUUCAGCGACUGUCAUCACUGACAUACUAGAAAAAAAAAAUGAUACAUCGCAAUUACCGGCUAGCUUAGAAAUCGAGUCAUCACAAAAAAUUGAUGGAAUUGAAGCUGGGAGUACGCCAUCGCUCACUUGCAAAUUAAGUGAACCUGGACAAAUUUGGUGGAAAACAAAAGAUAAAAAUUUAACUACUAUUCGAGAAUCUGAUUAUAGAGUUCGUUUGGAUUUAAAAAAAAUUAGUAGAAAUGACAAAGGAAAUUACUCGUGUAUUGCAAAGACCAAUGGCGGAAAAUAUCUCGAAAAAACAAUCAGCAUUCAUGUAAUAGAACCAGGAAAAAUAGAACCAGCUUCUAGUGUUAGAAUAAAAGCUGAAAAACCUUGUACACUAGAGUGUCAUUUUCAUGGUUAUCCUUUAAUAAAUUUUACUUGGAUGAAAGGUAAUGACAGUGAAUCGAUAAAGCAACUUGAAAGCUCAAAAAAUAUAUCAAAUGUAAAUGAAACCUAUGUCAUUAUGAGACUACAUUUUGAAUCAGUAUUCAGAAAAGAUAAUGGUACAUACUCAUGUAUUGCAUAUGAUUAUUAUGGUCCUGUUAUUGAUUUUCGAAUUUUAUAUGUUAUUGACAAGCCACAAAUAAACAUUGAUUUUAUAAAAGCAGUUGGCUUUGAUAAAGUUUUUCUCAAUUGGACAGUAAAUGAUGGCAAUAUGCCAAUUAAAAGUUAUAGAGUUAAAACUAAAAAAGAUAACUCUACAACAGAUUGGCAGUAUUAUCCUGAACAAAUAAAUGGUAGUAACACAAAUUAUGUAUUAAAAGGAUUUUCUAAAUCAACAAAAUAUCAAAUAAGUAUUACUGCUGUCAAUGAUGUUGGUGAUUCAGUACCUUACAACGAUCCAAGAUGGAUUGAAACACUCAAAGAUGAUCCAGUUUUUGUACCAAGUGGAAUGGUGAAGGGAUCUGCCGAUGCAUCUAUAACUCUUGGUUGGAGUGCACCGCCCCCAAAUCUUCGCGAGCAUGUGCAUUAUUAUACUCUUAUGCUUAUUAAUGGAGAUAAAAAAAAAGAAGCUAUGUAUCCAGCUCAAGAGUUUAACGAUUAUGUUUUCGUAGAUUUGCAACCGGCAACAACGUACCAGUUUCAAAUUGCAGCGUGUUCAGAUUAUACAAAGCAAUGUGGUAAUUGGAGUAAUGUCGUUAACGGUACUACAAUGGAUGGUAUUUGUAGUCCACCAGAAAAUUUAACUGUUGCAUGCAAAUUCGACAAUAUAAGUAGAAUGGGCUUUGUUUCAGUUAGCUGGACUCCACCUCUUAUUCCAAAUGGCGUUAUAACUCGUUAUUUUUUAGCACUUCGAGGUGUUUCAUAUUAUCGAAAUAAUAAAGCUCAAAUGGACACUGAUUACUGGGGUCCAUCUGAACAAAAUGUCAAAGAAACAGAUCGAGUUUAUGAAUUUAAGAAAGUUCCAACAAAUACGAAUUAUACUGUACGAAUUUAUGGUGUUACAAGACUUAAAAGUCCGGGUCAAGAAGCUAUUGGUAGUUGUAUAAUGCCGGUUUCAAGACCCGAAGAAGAACAUAUGAAUAUGCGGAGUUGGAGAAAAAUUGAAAAUGAAGGAAAGCAACUUUUUAAAUUAUAUUUACCUAGAAUUACGGAAAGAAAUGGACCUAUUUGUUGCUAUAGAAUUUUUAUGAUUAAACUUGCACCACAACAAACAUCUGGUGAUUUGCCAUUACCAGAAAAUCUUGAAGUUCAUUCUUAUCAUUAUGCUCAUGCAUCACCGGCAGGUGGUGUUUAUCUUGCUGAAAUGUUUGACUCAGAUCAUCUUCACAGUGAAAUUUUUCUUGGUGAUGGACAAGAAGUUUUUAAUAGAAGUUCAGCUUGUGAAAAAUGUAUUGGUUUACGACCCAAACCAUCACCAACACUACAUCUUAUACCAGAUAUAACCGACACAAACUCUAACUCUUCUACAAUUUCAAUUACUCAAUCAAGCAUUUUAAUGAAUAUCACUCAUAGUUCAAUGAAUGUAAUUUCAUCAACUGUUGAGACAACUAUUCAAGGACAAUUUAAAAAUAAAACUGAUCAAUCAGUUUCUCAAUCAAGGAAAAAACGAAGAUUUUCAUCUGACAUCAACUUAGUCGGGAAUUCUAUUGAACCUGAUUUCCAUUUACCGGAUGAUGGUUUUAUUGAUAAUCAAGCAAACUACACUGGAUUUAUCGAAGUUAUAGUUUAUAGUCAAGAUCAAUUAUUGCCUACAUACAGUCAUUAUUUAAAUACCCUCUCUGGUGGAUUUGAGCCCCGGACAAUAAUCGCCGAAGAAAACGAAGCCAUAAGCAUAAUAUUGCAGAUAACAGUUGUUCUUACAUUAAUGAUUAUAAUUUUGUUAAGUACACUAUGUAUUUUUCAUCGAUAUACAAAACGUGAAGAACAAAGUGGAGACGAAAAUAUCAAUCUUCGCAAUAGUUUCCGGCAUCUUUGCAGAAGUUUGAGAGGUAGACAUCAAUUAGUAGCAGCGAAUCCUCCUGACAUGCCACCAAUUUCCAAAACAGAAUUACUUCAAAUAUAUAUGGAUCGUCAUCGAGACUCUGACUAUGGAUUUCAGCAUGAAUUUGAGCUUCUUCCCGACCGUUUUACAGAUCGCACAACAAGAGCCUCAGAUUCUCGAGAAAAUUUAUACAAAAAUCGCUAUCCUGAUAUCAAGUGUUAUGAUCAGACUCGCGUUAAAUUAUCGCAAAUUGAUGGUAUUUCUGGCUCAGACUACAUAAAUGCAAAUUUUGUUCUUGGUUAUAAAGAAAGAAAAAAGUUCAUUUGCGCUCAAGGACCAAUGGAAAAUACUGUAUGUGAUUAUUGGCGUAUGAUUUGGGAGCAUCAUUUAGAGCUUGUAUUGAUGUUAACUAAUCUUGAAGAGUAUUCAAAAACAAAAUGUGCAAAAUAUUGGCCAGACAAAACUGAAACAAAAAAUUUCGGUGACAUUUGUGUUCAGCACAUUAAACAGCGGACAUAUUCUGAUUAUGUUGUAAGAGAAUUAAAAAUGACAAAGACUGGUGAACGUGAUGCACGAACAAUUAUUCAGUAUCAUUUUCUAGUUUGGAAAGAUUUUAUGGCUCCAGAACAUCCUCAUGCAAUAUUAAGAUUUAUAAAACGUGUUAAUGAAGCUUAUUCACUCGAGAAAGGGCCGAUUCUUGUUCAUUGUAGUGCUGGUGUUGGUAGAACUGGUACUUUGGUUGCACUUGAUUCACUUCUUCAGCAACUUGAUGAAGAGGGUGAAAUUUCAAUAUUCAAUACUGUAUGUGAUUUAAGACAUCAACGAAACUUCCUUGUACAGUCUUUAAAGCAAUACAUAUUUAUUUAUCGUUCACUUAUGGAAAUGGCAAUUUAUGGCGAUACUGAGAUACCAAUUAGUCAUCUAAAAUCAACUGUUGAAAAAUUACGACACAAAGAAAAUGGGAAAGACAAAUCUAAAAUGGAAGAUGAGUAUGAUAAAAUGACUUCAGUUUUGGAAGAACGUAAAUCUUUUUCUGUUGGUUGUGGUGAAGAAAAUAAGGCAAAGAAUCAAAGUGAGUUGGUUAUACCAUACGAUCGUAAUCGUGUUAUAUUACCUCCAGUACUUGGAAGAGAACAUUCAACUUAUAUCAAUGCAUCUUUCAUUGAGGGAUAUGAUAACUCUGAAUCUUUCAUCAUAACACAAGAUCCACUCGAUACAACAAUUCCUGAUUUUUGGAGAAUGAUAUCUGACACUUGCAUUACGACUAUUGUAAUGCUUUCCGACUUGAAUGAAAGUCCUCGAAAAUGUCCGCGGUAUUGGCCAGAGGAUGAAGCAGUACACGAACACAUUCAGGUCCGGUAUAUACAGAGUGAAAGCUGUCCCUACUAUACCAGGCGCGAGCUUUGCGUUACGAAUACAAAAACAGAUGAAACUUUAGUUGUAACGCAGUAUCAGUAUCAUGGAUGGCCUACGGUUGAAGGUGAAGUACCCGAAGUUACACGUGGGGUAAUUGAACUUGUCAAUCAGACGGGUGUCAUGAAUUCUACAAGUAUUAGUGGACCACUUUUGGUCCAUUGUAGUUUUGGAUCUGACCGAAGUUCGAUGUUUGUUGCGCUGAGCAUACUUGUACAACAGUUGAGAACUGAAAAACGCGUUGAUAUUUUUACGACAACAAAAAAAUUGCGAUCGCAAAGACAUGGAAUGAUAAGUAGUUUUGCACAGUACGAUUUUCUUCACAGAGCUAUUAUGAACUAUGCUGAUCUUCAUAACUUAACUGAAGACGAAACAAGCUCUUAAUGAGUGAUUAGUUCAACUUUUUUAUGGUAUAACAUUUUGUCGUCACGCUUAAGUCAUCAGUGAAUUAAAAUUAUAAGAAAAACAUUCUUUUUAAUUAAAAAUUGAAAAUCCUGUGACUACGUUGAUCAUAGUCAAGCAUAAUAACCAAAGGAUUAUAAUAGUAUUUUGAGUGAUAAAAUAUAUGCAUUACUAAAAGUAAUGUAGUUGAUGUUCAGUCAAUGCGUAAUUAAUGUGGUUUGUAGAUUAACUCGACUUGAAUAUUUUUAUUUAAGGAAAAAAAAUGAAAAUAUUUAUUUAAUAAACAACAGCAUAAAGACGUCUCCAAUUGUUCGUAUCUGCUAAAAGUAGCUCUUUUAAUCUUACUAACGAGGUGAUAAGGUUGAAAAAAAUUUUAAUUAAUGAAAAUAUUAUUUUUUUUUGUUACAUGUAAUUUUGUUCGAUUUUGGUUUUAUUCAUUUGGGUCCUGAAUAAAUCAAUUAAAGUAUAUUUGCGCAGCGCCCAAAGCUUGAUUGAAUCAUUAAAAAAGUCGAAAUUCAUAAUUAUGAAAGCCUCAUAUUAUUGUGAAUAUAAAUAUAUUUGUAACGAAACAAACUGCACUAAUGAAUGUUUUAAGUAUGUUUUUAGUAUGAAUGAGUGACAACUAAACGAAUCAUUGUACUCUUAUAAUAUGAUUCAACCUACAUAAAACUCAGAAUAAAUCUUUUUUAGAACCGGAAAGGAACUCCAGUUUUUUAGGUUUUGAUAAUACUAACGAGAAGUUUUUCUUGGUAGAAAUCAUAGUGUCAAAAUUUUUUAAAUCAAGCAUCAAUCACAAAUAAAUGUUGUUUGAAUUAAAUCAAUCAAAUCAGGAGUUGCGCUCCAAACAUAUAUGUAUAGUUAUAUAUUGUCGAGCGGUAAUCUCAGUGUGUUAAUUUAUCUUGAGCUAAAAAAAAAUUUGUGAAAAAUAUUCUCAUAAUUCGCACAAAUAAAUCAAUAUUUAUAUGUGUAUAUGAUGAAAAAUAUAUUGAUAAUUGAAAUUA